GUGUCGUCUGCUGGGAUGAUGAACUGCGAAAAGAGGGGAUAUGUCCUUACUGCUUCCAGUGGCUCGUUCCGGAUAACCACCGUGUACGUCUCAGACCGAAGAUGAAGGUGACUCCGCGGAUAGAGAGGGUUCUAAGACGAGAGGCGAGGAACCAUAAACUCAAUAUGAAGCAGGCAAAGCUGUUGAGAAAGUACAGGGACUCGAGAAGUGUUUUGCUGGUUACUUGCAACUCAUGCAACAAAACAACAAAACAUUAUGGUAAUAGCAGAGAUUUUCUGGCUACCAUGACACACCAUUCUGGUACUCCAACCAUUACAUCUGGCUUUAAGACACCAGAUCGUAAAAUUCCAUCUGUAAACAAAAUGACACCUGCAAGCUGCAGCAGGUCUGGAUCUAAAGGAAAGAGUCCAUCAUCACUUCCCAGAACUUACGUACCUGGACAGACACCAAACAACUCUUUUUCGAAGACUCCCCGAAACUCCAAAUAUCGCUUUUCUAAGCUAAAAUGGAUGCUUAAUCUAGAAGAAAAAGAGGAAAGUCAGAAGGCAGAUUUGAAAACCUUCUUAACUUUACUUUAGUUAUUCAUUAUUGCAAAAUAAUACAAGUUACAGCAAUAAAUAUUUUCCCAGGUGGGGUAGAUGAGCAAAAUUUGUGAUUUCUUUAAAACUCAGGCUAGUGAUAUUUAUUGUAUAAGAAAAAACAUGGGUUUUAGAAGCAAGCACUGUUUCUGUGGGGUCUGGCUGCCUGCCAAAGAGAAAUAAUCAAUCUAGUAUGUUUGGGAAUCUUGAGCAUGUUUUGCAGUCUCCAAUGGCCCAAGAAUUAAAAGUCAAAAUCUAUUCUUUGAGGAAACAGACAAUACCGGGCCCACUAGCAUACCACUUUCUUCCAUUUCCUUCCCCUAGUUUUAAGAUAACGUAUCACAAUAGAACUUAAAAAGAUCUCAUCCUUGCCAUGUUUGAGUUAAAAAGGGACACUUCAGUUGAGAAAUUCUGCAGGUGCAGUACGUUGAUGAGAUCUGCUUUACUGUCCUGUAGAGUCACUAUCUUUUGACACAGUAAUUUAAAUGUUACUAUAUAGUCAAAGGUAACAACUUACUCUUUAAGAUAGCACUCAUUCCCGCCCUUCCCCCAGCCAAUUUUAAUGUGAAUAGGCCAAGGUUUAAGUGCUCCUGUACUGUCAAAUUUUGCAUUUUGAGUUCAACACAGGAGAUGAGGACAAUAGAAAGCCACAAUGCAGGAUGGAGCUUAUAGCUUGCUCUGCAUACAGUGUGCAGCAGGACCAACAUAAAUCGGCAGGCUUGAAAGCAGUCAAGGAGUGGGGGGAAGUGAAGGAGGUUGCAAAACCUACUUACUAUCUCAAAGAUUGGCAUAUAACCUUUUUAUUAUUUUCUAACCAUACACAGAACAAUUUUGAAGGAUUUACUUCAGGUUUUCUUAUAUGCAGGUAAGAUCAAAUUAACUACCAUUUUAGGACUGAAACGUGGACCUUGAGGUUGCACUUUUUUCUGAUGUUAAACUUGGUAUGAGUUUAUCUGUUAUUUUUAUCAUCAAGUAUUCUGAAAAUACU